AUGAAGAUACUGUUGAUAUUUUUUGUUCUAUUUUGUGUCACAAGUAAGUUCAAAGUCAAAAAAAAAUCGUAGAUUGGCAAAAACAGCUUUAGCCAAAUUGUUUCAGACGCUCAAAAAGACUGUACCGAAUGUAAAGCUCUUGUCGACUUAUUGCAACUCGAAUGGGGAGAAGAGAAAACUGAGGAUUGUUUUGUUGAUAUCGCAUUGUUUAUUUGUGACACUUUCAAAAUUGAGGAUAAUGCAGUUUGCGAUUAUAUUGUCUCCGAUUUUUCCGAUGAAUUUAUGUAUGUUUUGAAGGAGAUUUUGGUGACACCACAUCAGAUUUGCGGACUUUUGAUGAAAAAUAGUGAGUUGAGAAAAGAGUAGAGAACGGGACUUGAGACCUUCUAUGUCAAUCAGCAGAGCCUAGAUAUCCUAGUUGCACGACUAGACAGUUCAAUGGUCAAGGAUCAACGUCGAGAAAGCUCAAUUGUUAAGGCUGUGCGUCUAGAGAACCCAUUUUGAACUAUAGAAAUGAGAACUAGGUUGUUUCUCGAGAAGAGAAACUUGGAAGACAUUAGAAGUUUCGAACCGAAUUUUUUAAUCCAAAAUUCUAACCACAGUUCUGAUCCAAAAAACCCUUCUAGAUUGCGGUGAAUUCGACGAUCCAUUCCUCAAAACCUGGAAUAUGUCGAUCCCACAAAACGCUCCCGCUUUCAUCGAACAACAAAUCGUCACAUCCACUACAAAUCCAACUCAUCGAGUACUUCACUUAACCGAUCUUCACGUCGAUAUGCAUUACACAAUUGGUCUCGAAGCUCAAUGCGGUUCUCCACAAUGUUGUCGACCACAAGAUAUGAAUGUAGAAAUAGUGUUAAAUGACACAGAAAGUGUGAAAGAGCCAGCUGGGCCAUGGGGAAAUUUGGGAAGUUGUGAUACUCCAUAUUGGCUUCUCACUAAUAUGUUGGAUAAUAUCGCAAAGACCAGUGGAAAAUUGGAUUAUGUUAUGGUUUCUGGUGAUUUAGUAUCACAUACUGUUUGGGCCUAUACACCAGAAUCACAUUCUUUCAUGGUCAAAAAUUUGUCAGAUACAAUUCGCAGUUAUUUCCCUAAUACUCCAGUGUAUUUCGCAGUUGGAAACCACGAAGGUGUACCAGUUGAUAACUUGGCACCACAUUAUACACCAAAGAAAUAUCACAUGGAUUGGUUGUACAAGGCAAUGUCAGAUUCAUGGAACGGUUGGAUUCCAGAAGAUCAAGAAAAGACAAUCCAUUAGUAAGUACACAUGAUGAACCUUAUAACACCCAUUAUUUUCAGCAAUGGUUGUUAUAUGAAAAAGAUCUACCCUGGACGUCGUUUGAUUUCUCUCAACAAUGUUUAUGGUGAUAGAAUGAACUUUUGGCUUUAUAUCAAUCAAACUGAUCCAGAUGGAACUUUGGGAUGGCUUGUUGAACAACUUUUAGAUGCUGAGAAAACUGGGGAUAAGGUUCAUAUUGUUGCUCAUAUUCCGGGAUCAGAUGGAGAAGCUUUAGAGGGUUAUGCUUUCAAUUAUUAUAAGAUUAUUAACAGGUCGGUAAUACGGCUAAUCUGCCCUGAUUUAAAUUCCCAAAAACUCACAACAUCAUCUCUCCAAUUCCAGAUUUGCCAACACAGUUCGCGGUCAAUUCUUCGGUCAUACCCACUCCGAAAAAUUCUAUAUGAUGUAUGCCGAUCCAUUCGAUGCCACCUCAACACCAACCAAGUGAGCUUUCAUGAGCAAUCCUUCCAAAACCCGCUAAUUUUCAGCGUUGUUUAUUCCGCGCCAUCCGUCACACCAUAUUCGAACUUCUUCCCAGCUUAUCGAAUUUAUACAAUUGAUGGAGAUUAUUCGGGAUCCACACAUGUAAGAGAUUCUGGAAGUUUUCAGAAUUAUUAUUUAUGUGAUUUCAGCAAGUUAUUGAUUUCGAGGAAUGGUUUUUCAAUUUGACUUCGAAUAAUGCUAAUCCGACAAAUGUGAAAUGGGAAAUUUUAUAUUCGAGUGCUAACUUGGAAUACGGUUUGAAGGGACAGAUUCCAAGAGAAUAUAAUCAAUUGAUUGAAAGAAUGAAGACUGAUCAAGAUCUAUUCAACAAAUUUUUUGAGUAAGUUAGGCGAAGACUUCAGAAGUACUAAAAACGGGAGCUUCCUAAACUGGUCGUACAAACUUCGAAGACAAACUCUGAGAAUAUCUAUAGAUAUCAUUCAUUUUCUAGAAAUCACUACCGUCGUUCAAUUUACGAUGGUCUUCAACCUUGCGGAGAUCAAAAAUGUCGAAAUGGAUUCUUAUGUGAUUCUCGACAAUUUCAUCAAACUGAUAAACUUUGCACAGAUUUGAUGUCAAGUGGUGGAAUUACAAUGCCAAAUGAUAAUAAGAAGAAGAAUACGAGAUAUUCAGCUAGAUUCCGAAAAUCGAGUAGGAAAGGAAAGGACGAAUGUAAAAUUUGA